CUUCAUCACUGAACAAUUUGCCAAAGAAAAAAAAAGAAACCAUUAACAAUCACAGUUCUGUUUUUCUCUCGAUUAAUCAAAAUUAGUUUUAAUCUCCAUAUAUAGUCACUUAUGGCUAAAGCAAGUCUAACCCUUUUUAUCCUGCUCUUGUCCUACUUCUCAGUGGGGAUGCUAACGUUAGUGUAUGGACAGAAGACUUGGUGUGUGGCUAAACCAUCAUCAGAUGAGACAACACUUAAGCAAAACUUGAAUUAUGCAUGUUCUAAUGUGGAUUGCAGUAUAUUAAGAGAAGGUUGUCCUUGUUUUUCACCAUAUAAUUUGAUGAACCAUGCUUCUAUUGCCAUGAAUUUGUACUACCAAGCUAAAGGAAGGAACCAUUGGAAUUGCCACUUUGGUAAUUCUGCCCUCGUUGUCUUGACCGAUCCAAGUUAUGGCAGCUGCAUCUAUGAGUGAAGUCAUUAAGUCAUGGUUAGGAGAAGCAAUUCAUGAGGAGAUUAUCAUUUAAAAAAAAUAAAAAUCUGUCACAUUUCCCUUUUUCUUUUGGUAAUAUGCAUGUUUAAGUGAGCAUAUUAACAUGCACAAUGUAGUGAAAUAUUUAGUGAAACAUAGUUUAACGACUUACUCUCGCUAUUUCAAUUUAUGUGACACGCUUUCCUUUUUCGUUUGUCCUUCCAUUUUAUUCUUAAUGAAAUGAUACUCACACAAUUAUC